GCCUGGCGGUGCCGCGGCCGCAGGCCCCAGGGCGACGCGGCGUGGAGGGAUGUGGGAGCCCGGCAAGGCCGGCGUAGCGCUUGUCGGUGGUCCGCCAAGGGAGGCAGAAGUCCAGGAUUCGAGUUCUAGUGCCGUCCUGACUGGGGGCCCGCACCCGCUUUCCUCUUCGGGCUUCAGUGCGUUCCCACCCAAAAUGCGGCCAACACUGUGCGAGGAAAAUCUCUAAGAGAAGAUGACCGUGUUCUUUAAAACACUUCGAAAUCACUGGAAGAAAACCACAGCUGGGCUCUGCCUGCUGACAUGGGGAGGCCACUGGCUGUAUGGAAAACACUGUGAUAACCUGCUAAGGAGGGCAGCCUGUCAAGAAGCUCAGGUGUUUGGCAAUCAACUCAUUCCUCCCAAUGCACAAGUGAAGAAAGCAACUGUCUUUCUCAAUCCUGCGGCUUGCAAAGGCAAAGCUAGGACUCUGUUUGAAAAAAAUGCUGCCCCAAUUUUACAUUUAUCUGGCAUGGAUGUGACUAUUGUUAAGACAGAUUAUGAGGGACAAGCAAAGAAACUCCUAGAGCUGAUGGAAAGCACAGAUAUGAUCAUUGUUGCCGGAGGCGAUGGGACCCUACAGGAGGUUGUUACUGGCGUUCUUCGAAGAACAGAUGAGGCUACCUUCAGUAAGAUCCCCAUUGGAUUUAUUCCACUGGGACAGACCAGUAGUUUGAGUCAGACCCUGUUUGCCGAAAGUGGAAACAAAGUCCAACAUAUUACAGAUGCCACUCUCGCCAUCCUGAAGGGGGAGACCAUUCCACUGGACGUCCUGCAGAUCAAGGGUGAAAAGGAGCAGCCCGUGUUUGCCAUGACUGGCCUUCGAUGGGGAUCCUUCAGAGAUGCGGGCGUCAAAGUUAGCAAGUACUGGUAUCUUGGGCCUCUCAAAACCAAAGCAGCCCACUUUUUCAGCACUCUUCAGGAGUGGCCUCAGACUCAUCAAGCCUCCAUCUUGUACACGGGACCUACAGAGAGGCCUCCCAGCAAGCCAGAGGAGACCCCUCCCCGGCCUUCUCUGUACAGGAGAAUCCUCCGCAGGCUGGCCUCGUACUGGGCACAGCCGCAGGACGCCCACUCCCAGGAGGUGAGCCCAGAGGUUUGGAAAGACGUACAGCUGUCCACCAUUGAGCUGUCCAUCACCACCCGGAACAACCAGCUUGACCUGACAAGCAAAGAAGACUUUAUGAACAUCUGCAUCGAACCUGACACUGUCAGCAAAGGAGAUUUCAUAACCAUAGGCAGGACUGGACAAAAAGGAUACACAUGCAGAAGUAGAAAGGUGAGAGACCCCGAGCUGCACGCUGAAGGCACCGAGUGUCUCCAGGCCAGCCGCUGCAGCCUGCUGCUUCCCGAGGGCAGCAGGGGCGCCUUCAGCAUCGACAGUGAGGAGUACGAGGCGAUGCCUGUGGAGGUGAAGCUGCUCCCCAGGAAGCUUCAGUUCUUCUGUGACCCCCGGAAGCGAGAGCAGCUGCUGCAGAGCCUGACCCAGUGAGCAGACAGGGGCGAGUGCAUUCCCAGACCGCACUUUAGACCACUGUGGGACCAAAAGGGAACAGAGGACCCCAAGGGCAUUUUCAUGGCAAACUACCCGCUCCCCAUACCGUGUGUGCAUGCUGUCAUUUCUGUGUGACAGUCCACUCCGCCUAGUGACUUUCCUCAGACAGGAAUCUGCUGUCUCCGUAGUGGAGAGCAGGGUCUUGGGCCUGCCUAAGCUCCCCAUCCCCACUGUGACCGUCCUAGCUCCUCCCUAGGCUGCUCUGCCCUGCGGGCACUCCUUCCCGAGUGCUGCUGCUCAGUUCCAGUGCUUAUCUAGCUCUCAUUCCAGUUUUGUUCUCUAUCCAACAGCAAAUGGGGUUGUUUUCUUCAACCAUCGCUGAACUAUUGUCAAGUGCUAAUUUUUUUUUAAACCAGUGCUUUUUCACUGUUGGUGUGCAUGAGAAUCCGCUGGGUACAAUGCAUAUUGAAAACUUGGGGCCCACACCAAACUGCUCCACCUGCCAUGGGGCCCAGGCCUCUCAGGGAGUCCCCUGGGGACAAGGGUCCCUAAGUGUGUUAAAGCAGUGCUCCACAAAUGCUUCUGCCCAUGUAUUCCCCAGAAGUAUUAGGAAAAAAUCAGGUGUCCCUUCACAUCUAUGUCCACAUCUUUCAUUGGAAGUUAAAUAGUUGCCAAAGUAUGUACUUUCUAGAAUUGUGUAAAUAUUGAUGUUUCAAAAUAAACUGUUACAUCACUCUUCUAAA